CCAUUUCUAACUGUAAAUAAAAGUAUAUGAGCUCCCUUAAAGUUGGAGUUUGGCAGAAAGAACGAAACCUUACUGGGCACUAUUAUACUUCUCUGUGAUCCCCUUCGCCCAGCAGCCAUUCUGAAGAAUGAAAGUGGUAUAAUAGUCUCAUCUUGUCCUGGAUUCUCCUGAGGCAUGAUAUGUGGGCUGGUGCUUCCCAGCUCUACACACCUACUUCCUGCAAUCUCUGCAAUUAACUAAUAGUGUAAAUCCCAAUUUCUGACAUGACUGAGUCAGCAAGGGCUUGGCACAGAACACACACACAAAGGAAUUGCCGCCUGCAAAGCAAAUGAGUGGCUGAGAAGAGAGAAAUGAAGAACACAGAACAACACUGAAGGAAGGUGUUCAAGAGGAGGGUUCAAAUGAUAUAGCAGACUUCUAGCUUUUGUUCCAAAAUAUAUGGCAGACUUCUAAGCAUCCUUUCAACCUGUGAACCUUCUGAUAUAGGCAUGCUGUGCACUGUGAUGGCUGUGCUUCCUUUACACUUCCCCUCUUGACUGUCUCCCUGCUGUUCCAUCUUACAGAACCAGAAGAAGGGAGGUGCCUCUGACAAAGCCUGCAAUCAAGACCUGUGGUCUCCUGCAUCGUGCAGUUGGCAUCCACCAGCUUUUGACAGCCUCCCUCACCAUGGACACUUGGCGGAGAGGAUCUAUCAGGUCCUCAGGUUUCUUCAAGCGGCUCUCAUUCAGGAGGCAUAAGAAGGCUAGCAACCAAGUCAUUAUCUUGAAUCAUGACAGCCAAACUCUAGACUCCAGUGGACAAUACAACAAGAGGGGGCUCCCACGAGACCUGAAAGGAAAGUCAGACUACCUGUCAUGUCAGAGUGAGCAAAACCUAGCCACCAAGCCACAGCCGCCUCCCAAACCACCUCGGCUGUAUUUGGACAGUGCCAGCUGCCCCAAUAUAAUAGACCACACAGGUUCUUCGUCUACAGACCUCUCUUUUCCAAGCACGUCACACCAUUCCCAUAAGGCCACACAAACUCAGCCAGAACUUUUUUGCAAAAACCAAGGCAUGGACUGGUGCCCCUCUGAAAUCACCUACCAGCAUGGUAAGCCUGAUCCAUCAGACCCCUUCUUUUCCUUCAGCCUGGACUUUGGGCCUUCUCUCCUUGAAGACAUACUACACACACUCAGAAAACAGAAUCUGUUACUUAAUUACUCUUCCACUUAGCUGUUUUAGCUCAGAGGAACUUCUGGCCCUCUUUCACUCUCUGUACUCAACCCACACUAUUUUGAUCUCUUUUAAAGUGGACCCCACUGAGCUGCCACAGUACACUGGCCAAAGGAGAUCACUGUCUGUUGGGAGCUACUAGUACUGCUUCCAUUCAUUUCACUUUUCAAAUUUCCCCACAAUAUCAGGGUAUCUCAUUGUGAUGGGAAGGCAAGACACUUGAUACAUUUGUAUCAUAUCAAAAGCACUAGAAUAUGCAUGUGUGAAAAAGCGGUGGCUGAGGCACAAGGCUCAACUCCUUAAGGAACUGGUUUGUUUGGACAGCCUCCCAGUAAUCUCAGUUGGGAUAUUACCGAAUACCUCAGUGCCAGAACUUUUGUAUGGAAGAUUAGUUCAGAGAUAGAAGCAAGAGCUUUGAACUUUGCAUAAAAUGAAGCUGAGACACUGAUGAAUAUAAAGAUUACUUUCCUUUAUGUCAAUAUGUAUUUCCCCCCAUUAAUUCUAAUUAAUGGGCAUAUUUAAGCUAUGGAACAGUCACACUACAAGGCAAAUGUUUCUCUUUCCAUUCUUCAUAGAGGACAGAAACUGCAUAACUGCUACGACAGUAAGCUAUGACCGAUCGAUGGUAAAGAAACUGGAAAGAAAAUGGGUAUUUAAGUUCUUAUUAAAAAUAUUGACUGUA